GCCAGCACGUUUUCUGCGUAUACUUUCGUCAGUUUAGCUUCUGAUAGUUGUCUGGCUCCGACAAUCAACAGGCAUGGGAGAGCCGCCUGUGGUGAUCCUCCGGCACCUGAUGAGUGGCAGGUAGCGCUAGUGACGGGGCAAAAGCAAUGUUGUGCUGUUGUGUACAAUGAAGAAGAUAUUCAGCUUUACUAAGAAGAAGAAACACCCGUCGGGUACUCCUGACAAUGGGAGUGUGCUUUCUGCUGGUUAUGAACUGAAAGAAAAGGACCUCGGGAAGGUUCACAAGGCUGCCUCAGUGGGGGAUUUGGCAAAGUUAAAGCAGCUCGCCAAAAAGAAUGAUAUCAAUCAACUUGACAAGGAGAACAGAACUGCACUUCAUAUUGCCUGCGCCAGUGGACAUGUUGAGGUGGUGCAAUUCCUCGUUGAGAGCAAAGCCAAGCUUAACCUAUGCGACAAUCAAAAUAGAUCCGCCUUAAUGAAGGCAGUGCAGGGUCAGCAUGAGCCCUGUGUGAGCGUACUGCUGGAGAAUCAUGCCGAGCCUAACCUGGUGGACAUCAAUGGCAAUACAGCGCUACAUUUAGCAGCAAACAUCCCAUCCAUUUCCACUACUGUCGCGCUGCUGGAGCAUGAGGCUGACAUCAAUGCACAAAAUAAGGAGGGAUUCACACCUUUGACAGUGGCAGUCCGUGAGGACCAUAUCGAGAUGGCGGAGUUUCUUCUCAAGGAGAGUGCUGGUGUGAAUUUUAUGGACCAAGGCCAAAGGUCCCCAUUAAUGUUAGCUGCUGGCAAUGGACAAAUCGCUAUGUUGCGGCUGCUCUUGAGGUUUGACGCAGAUAUCGCACUAAAGGAUACCAAAGGAUGGUCAGCUGAUGACUACGCAGUGAUGAAUGGCCAUCAUCCUUGCUCUCUCCUGAUCAUUGAGCACAGUACCCAGAGGAAUGAAGAGCCAUCACAAUCACAUCAAGGUCUGAGCAAAAAGAAGAAAAAAACGCUGUUGGGCAGUCCGUCCCAAGACGUUGAAGCAGGCUUCUCUCUGGGAGGGCCAGCCACUGACAAAGAUGAUUUUGAAGACAAUUCUCAGUCGGAGUCACUAAGUCGGGUUUCAAAAAGUGCUGCAGAUGAAUGGGCUUCAUCAGAAGAUGAUGAUGAAUCGGUUUUAAUCGAAAAGAAACCGCAGAGGGUAAACCUAAGGAAAAUGAUUGCAUCUAAAAGAGGAGAAGCUUCUGCACUGCCUGAGAGAUCCUUAAGCGGUUCAGAAUCUGAGCCAGAGAGUGAGAAUAGAGUCCAGAGAAUCCCAUCCCUCCCAAAGGCUUUACCGUCCAGCAAAGCUCCACAGCGUCCAGUAGAUCCCUCUCCCAUUCCCUUCCUUUCCAAAGCACCCCAGAUGACUUCUACCCCUCUCCCAAGCUACAGAAAGGAGGAGGAGGAGGAGGAGGAGGAGGAGGAGGAGGAGGAGGAGGAGGAGGAGGAGGAGGAGGAGGAGGAGGAAGAAGAGGACGUCUCGGAUGAAAAUGAUCAACCCGAAAAGAGUGGAGAGUCCCUUGAAGGCACGCCACCUCUUCCUGAAACAGAAGUCUCUAAAGAUAAGAAAAGAGAUUUCCUGUCCGAGCUGGGUCUAGAGAAGGGAGAGGAAGAGCAGGAUUCUUGGGACUCUGAGUCCCACUCUGGAAGCCCCAAUACGCCUCAUGAAGAGAAACAAAGCUUACCUAUUCAAGUUAAAGAAGAGAAGUCCAUCGUUGAAGAAGAUAUUAAAGAAAUUAGAAACUACAAUGCUGGUGAUAAUGGAGGCGAACAUGUCGAUAAAGAUGAUACGAUACAGAAAGAGACUGAGAAGUCAAAAUGGGAACCACUUCGUGUUUUGAGCCAACUCGAAGGAGAUAACGCACAAAAGACAGACUUAAUGGAAGAGCUUGGUCUGGGUGAUGUUGAUGAUAUUGAAGGUAAGUCAGACUGGGACUCAGCCAGCACUACCAGUAAGAGAACCCUGCCUGGCCGCAGAAUGCCCUCCCCUGGACUUGAGGAGUUCCCAGAAUGCUCCACUCCAUCUGUCAAAGAGCAGGAUAAAGACAUUGCUCCAGCUGCACCCCUGACACCUCAGAGGAGCAUCAACUCCAACAAGACGCUGCCAGGUACACCCCCUCAACCCGGGCCCCAACCCCAGCCUCGAGCAAGGAAGAUGGUGCCUCAGAAACCAGAGAGUGAUGAAGAAUCAGACUGGGAACCAGACAAUGUGGCGUCCUCUAGCAAUACAGACAAAAUUGGCAAUCAUCUGCGAAACACAGCUGAGCUUCAGGCUGUGGUUCCACCAGGUUCUCCUGAGCGCUCACCGAUGGCAAGAGACAGUAAAAAUAACGUAGAGUCUGACAAGCCGCAACAAAAGGAGAUAGAUGAUGCAAUAGAUACAUGCGAGUUAGAUCUAAAUAACCCACGCCCAUCUUGCCAUGUGGGAUCUGACGGUGGAGUGAAGGAUAAUGGCUUUAAAGAUCAACGCGGUCCUGAAGAAAGAGGUGAAGCUGGUAAUAAAGUCCCAUGGGAGAAUCGUUACGAGAAGCUCUGGGUAGAGGUGGAGAAACGGGAAGUCAAAUCCAGCUUCAAGAAUGUUGCUGCUGAAUUAAAAGAGAAGUUUGGAGAACUGCUUCGAUCAGGACCUUCUGCCGAAGACGUCGCAGAAGAAGAACAGAACAUGGCUGAAUCUACUUCUGCAGAAGAAGAGUCAAGUGAUGAAGAAGAAGAAGGGGAAGUCAUUGUGCGCCCCAUGGCCAGAGCGAGGAGUACCGUCCUUCUCACCAUACCUGAGCAGAGGGAGUCUGGACAGGAAGACUCUGUCGCGGAGUCAACCGACAACUCCUUAUGUGAGGACGGGAUGCAGGUGUGUGAGCCUCCGCGUAGUCAGAGCGGGUGUCGAGAGCUCAAUCCACUCAAAGAUGAUGUUCUGGAGGAGUGCAGGUCUCCGUCACCUCGACUCACCGCAGCUCAGAGAGACGGCUGCAUAGAUCGUGUUACCACAGCUUUUACUGACGAUCAUACCAUACCCAUGUCGGAUGUUGACCGGAGCACAUUCUUAAAAGAUGAGGCCAAACUUGGGCCAUUCCAGAAACCAAAUCUGGACUUUAUCUGGAAGGACAGCGCUGCUAAUCUAGAUGAAGCUGAGAAAGAAAAUGCGAGUUCAGAAGAAGAUCCUGAGGAAGUCAACAAGUCUCGCCCCGCCUCACUAAGCCGACGUUCAGCAUCUGUCCCAGGUGUUUCUGAUGAAGAGCUGGAGGAGGACAUAGAAAGAUUUAAACUUGAGGUUGGCAAAGAGACGACAGAGAGUGCAAUGGAGGAGCAAAAAUGCAGUACUUCUUGGGAUACUGGUGGAACGGCAUUGGAAGAAGUCAGUACUGAGAAACCUGAGAGCAGGUUAGGAUGCCUGUCAAGUCAAGCUGGAGCAAUUCACCAGGAGCGGCAGCCUGUGGCCACCAAGAGCACCAAUGGGGCACCAGUGCAAUUGCAACUCCCACUCCAGCAGACCUACAAUAGCAACACACAGGAGGGACAAGCUGUAGAGGAGACCUUACAGCUGGAGCUGGUCAGAGGGGCCCGGCGCAGCAGAGCCCCUCAGACCAACACUCAUGUCAAUGGAGAUCCUCUCUCUGUGUUUGACGAUAGCACUUUAAGUGAAGUGUCGGACGAUGAAGGAAGGUUUCCAAGCAGUGGACAACAGAAAAACGAGAACCCUGGAGAAGUGGAGAUGGCAGAAGACUUUGAUGAACUCACUCAGUCAUCCGACACAGCCACAGAUGACAUCGACUCUCCCACUUCAGGCUAUCGGCAUGCAUCGCUCCUCAUUCAGAAGCUGGACUCAGCCACUUUGGACUCGAGAAGCAUGGUGAAGCUGCAGAACAUUUUCCACGAAUAUGAGCGCUCCAUCCAAAAGGCAAGGAGUCGCCAUGGGUACCUGACAGACAAGGUGAGGCAACUGGAAAUGGAGAGGGCGGAGUUGAAGAGCUCCUUGGAGGAAGUUAAAGAUGUUAAAUCUGCCUUGGAGCGCAACCAGCUGGAACUGCAGACUGAAGUCACAAACCUCAAGUUUCAGCUGAAGCAGGAGCAGGAAAAUCGCCGCAACGCCACCAUGAUGUACAACACAACCAGAGACAAGCUUCGCAGGAUGGAGGAGCAGCAUCAGCUAGAGGUUCAGGAGAGACAGAAGGUGGAGCUCACCCUCAGGAAUCUGGAGCUGGAGAUGAGAACACUGGUCAACAGCAUGAAACAGCUUGAAGAUGACCACAGUGAGACGCAGAGACUGCUGGUUCAGGAGCGCAGUGCUCGGACGCUGCAGGAGAAUCUGCUCAACAGUCAUCUCCGUAAGCAGCAGGAGAUAGAGAACGAGAACAAAAGAAACAUAAGCAAAAGCAAUGAGGCUUUGUCUCAGCUCACUGAAGCCAGUGACAGGGAGAGGGAGUUGCUCCAGCAAACUGCGACCUUCCAGGAGCAGCUGUCCAUCCUGAGAACAGACCUGGAGCGUUCGCAGGCCAACAGCAGUCUGAAAGAGAGCCACCUUUUGGAGGAGAACGAGGCCCUCAAGGAACAGCUGGAAGACAUUCGUCGAGACCUCAAACUCAACAGUGAAGCCCUGACCCAAACCGUCUUCAACUGCAAUAACCAGGUGACCACCCUGAAGUCUGAGUUAGCUAUAAUGACAAACCGUCUGGAAAAUGAGCGGCAGACUCGCGAAACACUGGAUGCAGAAGUCGAGUCCACUCGUGUCCGCCUGGCUGGAGCCGUAAAGGAGGCAGAGCUUUGCCUGGCAGCUCACACAGACUCAGAGAGAGCUCUGCUCCGGGAGAAAGAGGAACACCAGCGUCUUAAGGACAGACUCACAGUUGAAGUAGCCAAUCAACGUGAGGCAGUCGGCAGCCUUUCCCAGAAGCUGGCCAAGGCAGAGACUCGUGCAAAUAGCAUGGAGAAUGAAGUUCAUCGGGCCACACUGCAGCUGACAGAGAAAAGCCUGCUGCUGGAGGUCCUACAGCGGGAGAAGGACCAGGAGGCCGUACGUGUCAAGGAGCUAGAAACGUCACUGCAUGCCAAGAAGGAUCUGGUCAGCCGUGUCGGAGCACGCCAGGAAGCCACACAGGAGCGGCUAGCCCAAACCCAGAGUGAGGGCAUGUUACUGCGGCAGCAGCUAGAGGAGGCCCAAAACAAAAGUGUUGCAAAGGAGCGUGCAGUGACUGAUGCCCAAGAGCGCUUCAGUGACAUUCUGACCAAGCUGCGCUCUGACAGCGAAGAGAGAGUACAACUAGUGGAGGAGAGAAAUAAGGAGCUCUCCAGUAAGGCUGCUGACCUCCGAGAUCAGAUCUACAAGUUAGAGGAAGAGAAGAGCGAAAGAGAGACUAGUAUCAGGCAGCUGCAGCAGGAGCUUGCUGACUCACUCAAGAAGCUGUCAAUGAGUGAGGCUACUCUGGAGGUCAACACACGCUAUCGCAAUGACCUGGAGGAGGAGAAGUCUCGGCUCUUUAAAGACUUGGACAGGCUCAGAGGAAAGCUGGAGGAAAGCGAAGACCAGUACAUGCAGGCUGAGAGACGUAUUAACAGUCUAAAGAGCAGUCUGGAUGAAAGGGAAAAAGAACUCUCCACCGCUGCUCAGCAUCACCAGGAGGCGCUGUUCGCCUCAGCAGCUUCUGAUAUCACCAUCAAACAGCUGGAGGAAGCUGUGCAAAGGCUGGAGAUAGAGAAUGCCAGGCUGGAAGCUGCUGCAAAGCAACAGUCCAACAAAAUUGAUGCACUUCAGAAAGGGACUCAGGAAUCUGCCAUGCUACCUGACUGUUCGCCUGGAGGAGGGGUGAGAGGUCAUUUGGAGGACUUGGUUACAAACCUCCAGAGUAGUAAGAUGACUUUGGAAGACCAACUCAGUCGAGAGGUCCAGAAGCAGAGCAUGCUGUCUCACACAGCCCACGACUCUCAGGCCUUGUGGGAGGAGGAGCUGAAGAGCCGCUCUAAGUUAGGACUGCGGCUGGCAGAGCUCGAAAAGGAGAAAGGAGACCUGAGCACCCAGAUGGAAAUAGAAAAGAAGAAAGCCAAAAGAAUAGCGGAGCAGAAGAAGGCCGUCGACACCCGGCUGGAGCAAGAGAUGAAGAGAAACACAGAGCUCCAAAAAGAAAUGUACAGGUUGCGUACAUUAUUAAAGACUGCAAAGAAGAAAUUGCGAGAUCAGGAGACAGGUGGAGCUGAAUUUGGCUCUCCUAUGAGCAGUCUACGGAUGGACCAAGGCAGACACAGCCAGGCAGAGGGAGCUUUUGGACGAAUGAAAGAAAAGGUGGACGAUCUUCAGGUGCAGCUGGAGAAGGAAGUGUCCCGUCACAGCCAGCUAGAGAAGGUGAACGGGGACCUCAAGGAUCAGCUGGCCUCCGUGAACAGCUUGAGCCGCAGUAAUGACCAACUGGAGAGGAGUAAGAGGCAGUUGGAGGAGGAAGUACUGGACCUGAGACGGCGAAUGGAGGCCGCUCAGAUGGAGCAGAGCCAGGGGGAGCAGUAUCGCCAUGAUGCAGAGGAGAGGGCCCGUCAGGAGAUCCAACAGAAACUGGAGCAGGUCAACAUCUUCCUGCAGUCCCAGGCAGCAUCCCAGGAAGCAUUGGAUCAGAUUAAAGCGGCCAAUGAGACCAACCUGCGCUCCCAGCUGGAGCAGAAGAUCCGGGAGCUGGAGGGGGAACUGGGCCGGGCCCGCACCACCCAUCAUGACAGCCUCAACCAAAGAGACUCCACGCGCAUGGAGCUAGAGCGAUACCGCCAACUCUACGCAGAGGAGCUGCGCUCCCGCAAGUCCCUAGCUGCCAGACUAGAGAGGGCCAACAGUCGGCUCGCAGAAGCCAAUUCCAAGUUGCUCAACGAGCGCAGCAGGUCUCUGAUCACCAGCAGCAUCGCAAACGGUAGCCUUGGAGGGCCCGCGCUGGACGUGGGCUCUUUGGGUUCACCAUCACACUAUGGGGCCACACUGGGGCCCCUCAACAGGAGUCUAGGCCUGGGACUCUCCCUCCUCAACCCUGUAACUGAGGGGCAGAACAGCAGGGUGGAGGAUUACCUAGCCAAGAUGCAGAGCGAGUUGGAUAGAAACAUAUCAAAGGAAUUAUGCAAUGCCUCAGCAGAGCUGGACGUUGCUUCGGCCCGCUUGUCCCCAGUGGGCUCUGCCUCGAGGGUGGAGCUGGACCCCGUCAGCAGGGCGACGCAGCAGUACUUGGAGGUACUAAAGAAGAACAAUAUGAUCUGAACACACAUCAUCACAGCUGCUCGCAGUCGUCACACGUUGCAUUUCAGCCAGUAAAAACUUUAAAUGCUGACUGCACCCCAACAAUAAGGCCAAAGCAACCGGCCAUUAAUGUUCCACCAAGAAUCCAACUUUGUACAUAUUUACUCUCCCUUCUUUUAUUAAAGAAAGCAAACAUAAGGCACAUUGCACUUAACCACUCAGGAGCAAAGGGCA